AUGUACCCAAUCUACUUCAUCGAAAGCCUAGAUAACCCCAACGGGUUCUAUAGAGCCGUGGAGGAGGAAAUCCAAAAACUCCCUUCCAACUACAUAACCCACGACACAUUUACCGUUGCAGCCAACGAAAAAGCGUGGACCGUGACUGGUCUUCUUUUGAAAAACGUUGAUGUCCUUGAGGAUACUACUUCUCUUGAACAGGCCAGAAAAAAAGAGGGAGUCUUCAACUUCGGGCUGGGUCCAAAUUUGAACGAUGGUAAGCCGAGAAUACUAUUCUCAUUACUACGUCGGGAACAGCUUCAUUACAACCCAGGUUAUACAUACUGGGACACUCAGAAGACCAUUUUGGGAAUACGUUGUGUCCAUGUUGGUGAUUCGAGGAUUCCGCUUGAAUAUGCUGUUUCACAGAUGCUGCUACCCAAAUACCGAAAGAGUCUGAAACCAAAAAAGGCUGUGAAGAGCGAAAAUCCCAUUUUCCUUCUGCUACAAUCAAUUGUGACUGCUGGAGCUUCAGUAGCAGACUUUUUGCAGCUCAAAUUGUAUCAAAACGAGGCUUUUAUAUGCCGCUGUCAGGAGACCUUUGAUGCCACAUAUGUCAAAGUGGCUCUAGAAGAACAUACCUGGUGCAAGGUGCUAUCCAAGGUAGGCUUCAAAGUCCAGGAGGAAGUGAGAGAAAUUACCCUCAGAGAUAAAGAGAUAUACUUCACUUUUAAAAAGUCUGGAUUUAAGACCGACGGGUCCCGGUUCAGUAUCAAUAUUAAUGACGAAGUGUUCAAUUGCGAGCUCCCCAAUAUCGGUCCUUCUUUCAUUUCCGAUGACUGUGCCAGAACAUACACACUUCGAAUAGAAUUGACAUUUUACUGUACAACAGGAAAAUGCUCGUCAACCUUGUCCACCCUGAUAAACUUGGAUGUCGCUAUCGAGAAUCACGUUUCAACAUUUAAGCCGUUGAAGCAACCCCAAAGAAAGCAAACUCUCCUCUUUUUCGAUAAAAUACCCAUGACGCCGAACAUUGUACUGGAUGUUGCUAGUUCUACAGCCUUGAGAACCACAAAUGUACCACAAUGCUUGGGCUUGGACCUUGAUAAGUUUUUAACGCUUAAGGUGACCGUCCCUGAAAAUCAAACAUUAAAGCUUAUCGGCUUAAGAGUCAAGCUUCUUCAAAAGAAAAUUCGAGUGCUUCCUGGAGGUUUGCACGAUGUCAAAAACAAGUGGUUCAAAUUAAAAAGGAACACAUCACAAUCGUCCUUUUAUAAAACAGGAACCACUAAAAUAGAUGGCUCGAGAUACAGGUGCAAGAUUCCCAAUGUCGAACCUUCUAUUCUUUCCAAUGGUCUUUUAAUCACAUAUAGGCUUUUCGUUUUCUUGAAGUUUCAGAAGAAGAAUAAGACGGUCUUCUUAGGCAACGGCAUAAAUUUAGACAUGAUGACGAACGAAACCUCCUGUCUUGUCCUGCCGCCAUCGUAUUCUGAGGGGUAG